AUAUAUUUUUAAAGAAUUCAUAUAAUAAACAGUGAAGAAACAAUAUAACAACGUUCAACAUUUUGUAUUAUUUGAAUUUUUUCCAAAGAUUUUCCCAAGUGUUACUUUUUCAAUAAUAUGAUGUAUUAACAAUUAAAUGAAAAAUAAUAUAAUUUGAAACAAUAAUCAUGUCAGAAGUAAAUAGAAAACAAGAUAUAAAGAAAAGAAAAGAAAUGUUAUAUGAAACAUUAUUCUUGACUGGAAUAGCAGGAAUUUCUGCUAUGAUCGGUUUUUUUAAUGCUUUAGCAUCAGUCAAGAAAAAGGAUAAUAAACAUUUUGAUAUUGGAUUUAUGGGAGGAAAAGGUCUUCAAGAAUCUGGUGCAGCACUUGCUACAAGAGCUCUAUUAUGGGGUUCUGCAUGGGCAAUUAGUGGUUGUAGUAUACUUUUUUAUGGAAUUUGGAAAUUAUCUGGAGCUACUAAUGCUAAAGAGUUUCGAUUAAAAGCUGGAAAUAUUUUACCAAAAAUACCAAAAAAUGAUCCUCCUCAAAGUAGAACUGAAUUUGAAAAUCUUACAGAUUUAUUAAAAUAUGUUUCAGAAGAGUGGGGUAAAGAAAAAUAAUUUUAUUUAUAUUUUAUAUAUAUAUAUAAAUAAGAAAGAAUAUAAUUGUUUUGUUUAUCUUCGCAUAUCUAACAUUUGUUUAUAAA